AUGAGCGUGGUCAUGAAACGAAUAAUAAAAUUUUAUUGGGAAAUGUUAUUUAUUGCAUUUUACGACUGUUCUUGCAUGGGGACUUAACUCAAGUCCCCCAAUUGGGGACUUUACUCAAGUCCCCCAAUUGGGGACGGGAUGCAACAGAGGGUCAAUCUAAUCAUUGUUAACUGCAUCUUAACUAUUUGUAGAUUGAUAUCUGUUGAUUUUACGUUCACGUACACCUGUGUUCCAGAUCGUGGCUGUACCUGUUUUGCGCGCGAUGCCACGGCCGCGACGACACGCCGUCGUGGGAGCCGCCCGGUUGGAGGCGAGCCUGCCCCCAGCCAUUCUGCCCGAGCUACAGAAAAUUCGCUCGGAUAUUGUGCUUGUUCCUGUUGGGAUUGUUGCUCUGGGGCAUCGUAUACACGAUACUGGGCAACGAGGCAGCCCCUGGCGGCCAACUUUUCAGCCUGGCGGCCCUUACUAUAGCCGCGCAUUUCGGCGGCUGGCUGUUCUCCUUGACCACCCUUCCUGCCCUGAUCGGUAUGCUAAUCACCGGAAUUAUACUGCAGAACAUCGGCCUGGUCAGGAUCGAGGGCAACUACACCACCGUCGUCUCGACUAUGCGGUGAGUCUCUGCUUCCUAUUUUCAUAUCAACUUUUUUUUUUUUUUUUGUGUAGUUUCUCUAGUUCCCAGUGUCUUGUGAAUGUUAACGCUAGAACUACCGAUUUAAGUUAA